AUGACGGCAGAUACACUAGCUUUGUGUAAGCUCAUGGAAGAAUCAGUCGAAUGCCAGUUCCCAAAAUGCCAAGAACCAAAAGUCUUGAGGGCUCUUCGAAAGACCCUACAGUAUCGCUACCAGGAGACCGCCAAGAGAUACUGUGCCGUACAUCUGGCGGCUAUUCUUCUCAAGCCUGGCCAAAGUCGAUCCGUUGAUGAUAGUCUGUCCUUGAGAUUUUUAAGAUGCAGCAUUACCAAGCUCAACAAUGAACGGUGCAAGAACAUGCUCAAACACCAAGACGCGAUAUUGACCCAACAACUCUUCGAGUUUACCGAAGGGGUUUGGAGAGUCUGGCUCCUUUCCUGUGACGUACAUAGGAGGCAGCUCUCGUGCUUGACGAAUAUCCUCUCCGGCCUCACGCGUCAACAACAGGAACAGCUGUAUCAGCCAUUAUAUCCCCUGCAAUUUAAAGAGAUCUUGAGAUACUAUGAUGGUGUUACGAAGAAAUUCCCAUCCAUAAAUGAGAGAGCUCGUCGCUCGACUGCAAUGAUUUUGCAAAACUGCACCAAUCUCAGUAGGCCGUACGACUUCUCUGGGAACGUUACAAUCUUGGAUAGGAUUCGCUGGGAAAUCGACCUGCCACUGAGAGAUGUUAUCGUUAGUGGCAACUCUUCCUCUAGUGAGGGCACUGGAGAUGACAGGGAAACCUUCUUAGUCGACCAGACCAUAUCGCGGGGUUCUUUGACCGCCAUUUUGGAUGUCGAGCACUGGUAUGACGAACUGCUUGUUGAUGAUGAGCUGAUUGAAAUCAAUGUGCGAGGAAAAAGUCUUUUCGGUAUUCUUGGAGCCAUUCAGGAGUUUUACAAGACGGAAAAUCGUAUGGAAGGCAUGAGGCAUACAGUGUUCGAAGGGCUUCAACUUCAGGAGGAUGGCCGGUGGCAUCUGUCCCUAAAAUGAAACCUGGAAUCCGGGGAUUGCUCUUUUGCAUUUAGGAAUAGACUGACAGAGAUUGAUAUAUGGUAAUAUGACAUUAGAGAUGAAGG